AUGUAUGGAAAUGGAAGUGGUUUUAACGCAAGUUCGGGCUGGCUAAAUGGAUUCAAGGCUAGAUUUGGAAUUAGAUUGUUGAAAAUUUUCGGUGAAAAACUGUCUUCUGAUCAAGAAGCAGUGCCAGCAUUCAAGGCAAAGUUUUGGCGACUAAAAAAUGAUUUACAGUUGGAUGAAAACCAGGUUUACAAUGCUGACGAAACUGGAUUAUUUUGGAAAUUACUGCCAGACAAAACAUACGUUAGCUCAAAUGAAAAAAAUGCGUGCGGAAGAAAAAGUGAAAAGGCGCGAGUCACAGUUUUAGUGUGCACUAAUGCAACUGGCAAACACAAAUUAAAACCAUUAGUAAUAGGUCAACCCAAAAAACCACGAUCAUUCAGAAAGUUUCAGCUUCCGUUGAACUACAGGUGCUCAAAAAGAGCAUGGAUGACUGCGGACAUUUUCGAAGAAUGGUUCCACAAUUCCUUUGUACCAGUGGUUACCACAUUCCUAAUACACGAGGGUCUACCAGUCAAAGCUGUUUUGAUCUUAGAUAAUGCACCGUGCCACCCAAAACAAAAGUUAUUAAAAACAGAAUGUGGUUCAAUUUUCGUUUUAUAUAUGCCACCAAAUGUAACACCCCUUCUCCAGCCGAUGGACCAGAAUGUAAUAAGGUUAACCAAGUUGCACUAUAGAACAAAUUUAUUAAAAUCAGCUAUUGGUAAAGACGAAAUAGCCGACUUUUUAAAAAAAAUUACUUUGAAAGAUGCCAUUUGCCUUUUGACCCAAGCAUGGCAAAAAGUCGAUGCCGACGUUAUUAAAAAAUGUUGGUGUCCAUUACUUGACUAUAAACAUCCGAUAGACAAUGACGAGUGUAUCGAGGAUGAUGUGCCUCUCAGUGUUUUAAGACAGCAGAUAGUUGCACAACAACAUUCCGAAUUUGAAGAAUUACUCAAUUUAACUGAAACUGCAUUUCCACAGUCAAACCUAAGUGUCAACGAACUAAGAAUAUGGACAGGAAUAGAUGACAAUUGCGCUAAUGGUACUGAAGGCGUUAUCGAUGAUGUUAAUCAACCUGUUGAGGCAUCUGAUGAGGAUGAGGAUGAGCAUGACGAAAUAAACGGCGACAAGUGUACAAUAGAGGCAGCUGAAGCCAUUAAAAUUUUUGACAAAGCAAUCCAUUGGACAGAACACAAUACCAACUCGCUCGAACACAUCAUUUUUCUUAACAAUAUCAGGGAUAUUGCAGUGAAAAAAUCACUGGAAGCUAGUAAAAAGCAAAGUAUGUACUAUAUUGGAUUUCUUUAAAUAAUAUGUUUUUAUUACAUGAAAUAAAUACACUCACU